AUGGAUGAUUCGCUUCCCACAUCUACUUACCAAAAACGAAUAUUUUCUUUAUUGUUGAACUUGUUAAUAAAAAAAAAUCUAUUUAUCUCAUUCUGCAUCCCUACCGCUCUCUUUUUCCUCUUACUCUCUUUCUCUUUUUCUCUCUCUCUUUCUCUCUCUCUCUCUCUCUCUCUGUGCGCAUUAUUUAGUUUGUAUUGUUGCUCUCUCUCUCUCUCUCUCUCUCUCUCUCUCUCUCUCUAUCUAUCUAUCUAUCUAUCUAUCUAUCUCAUUCCGUUCAUUAUCUAUCUAUCUAUCUAUCUAUCUAUCUAUCUAUCUAUCUCAUUCUGUUCAUUACCUAUCUAUCUAUCUAUCUAUCUAUCUAUCUAUCUAUCUAUCUGUUUUUAUGUUAUUUGUGCUCUAUCUUUCAAUAUUUUCAAUUUUCCAACAAAAAUGUUUUCAACUUUACUCAAGUAUAGCAGAAAACUGCUUUUUCAUGUUUCCGCCAAAACUCCCUGA